AGUCCAAGGAGGAACCCUGAGACCUCCAGCCCCUCCUUCCCUCAACCCACGGGAGCAGCAAAAUCCUGGGAGGAGGGGAGGAUCCCUGGGUGAGGACAACGGGGCCGAGGGUGUUAAACUUCAGCCCCGGAGCCUUGUACCGCUACAGCGGGGGCCGCCGCCAGCUACGGGCAGGAAGGGGAGGACCCAGCCGUGAGAGGGGGAGCCCCCGCGCGGGCUCAGGGCUGGGUCGGAAAAGCUGCCUCACGCGCGCGCCCGCCGGCCCUCUGCUCCGUUCCUCCCUCCCAGAGCUCCCCGCCUGGCCCUCCCUUCUAGUCUCCGCUGCGCCCUCGCGGAGGCAGCGUUUGCAGCGGCCUUGCUAUGUCUCAGCCGGGCCAGAAGCCCGCGGCCUCCCCGCGGCCCCGGCGCGCUGCAGCGGCCCGCCAAACCCAGGAGCAUGCCGGUGAAAAAAACCAGUGGAUCACCUUCAAAGUCAGGAGAAAAGAAAGGAUCAGAUGAGAAAAAAGCAACAAGCCUUGGGAGCAGUCAGCCUUCCAGAACCCAUGCUGGUGGAACAGCCCCGGCCACCAAGGUGUCAGCUUCUUCUGCUUCCACCAGCAAGUCUUCCAGUAUGAAUCCCACAGACACCAAGGCUAUUCCAAUCAGCAAACAGAUGGAAGGACAGCAUUCCCCCAGCAAGAAAAGACCCAAAAAACAGGCUGCAAAAACAGAACCUGAAAACAAGUCACAAUCAACUAAGCCAUCUGUAGUUCCUGAGAAAAAAACCCAAGAAAUAAAGCCAAAGGAACACAAAGAGCCAAAAAGCCUACCCAAGCAUGCAUCAGAUACAGAAAGCAAGCAUGUUCAUAAUGAAAAAGCAGUUUCCAGAUCAAGUGAGCAGUCGACAUCUGAGAAAUCAACAAAACCAAAGACUAAAUCACAGGAUGCAGUUUCUGCUGGCAGAGAAGGUGUUGCUGAUAUAGCUGCAGCAUCUGCCAAACCAGAUAACAAGAAAAAAGAAAAGAAAUCAUUAACGUCUGCUGUACCAGUUGAAUCCAAACCGGGUAAACCAUCUGGAAAGUCAGACCUGGAUGCCGCUUUGGAUGACUUAGUAGACACUUUAGGAGGACCUGAAGAAACUGAAGAAGAUAACACAACAUAUACUGGACCUGAAGUUUCAGAUCCAAUGACUUCCAUCUACAUAGAGGAAUUAGGUAAAAGAGAAGUCACCAUUCCUCCAAAAUACAGGGAACUUUUGGCAAAAAAAGAAGGUAUCACAGGGCCUCCUCCAGACUCUUCGAAACCCAUGGGGCCAAGUGAUGCCAUAGAUGCUUUGUCAUCUGACUUCACCUGCAGUUCUCCUACCGCUCGUGGAAAGAAACCUAAGGAAGAGAAAUCUACAGAAGAGGUUCUUAAAGCUCAGCCAGCCAGGGUAGUCAAAAGUGCUGCUUCACCCCAAGAGAAAAAAAGAAAGGUGGAGGAGCAGGACACAAUGAGUGAUCAAGCACUGGAGGCUCUUUCUGCUUCGCUGGGCACUCGGAAGCCAGAACCUGAGCUCGACCUCAGCUCCAUUAAAGAAGUUGAUGAGGCAAAAGCUAAAGAAGAGAAACUAAAAAAGUGUGGUGAAGAUGAUGAAACUGUGCCUUCGGAGUAUAGAUUAAAGCCAACCACGGAUAAAGAUGGAAAACCACUUUUGCCAGAGCCUGAAGAAAAAUCCAAGGCCCUAAGUGAAUCAGAACUCAUUGAUGAACUUUCAGAAGAUUUUGACCCGCCCAAAAGUAAAGGAAAACGAUCUAAGACAACCAAAAAAACAGAAGCAUCUCAGGCUGCUGCCUUGACUCCUGUGAGUGAGGCUGUGCCUCGAGCCUCCAUGUGUACUAUACUGUCCACACCGACCAAGCCAGCUCCCUUGAAAGGCAUGGUGCCAGAUGAUGCUGUAGAAGCCUUGGCUGGUAGCCUGGGGAAAAAGGAAGCAGAUCCAGAAGAUGGAAAGCCUGUGGAAGAUAAAGUCAAGGAGAAAGCCAAAGAAGAGGAUCGUGAAAAACUUGGUGAAAAAGAAGAAACAAUUCCUCCUGAUUACAGAUUAGAAGACGUCAAGGAUAAAGAUGGAAAACCCCUCCUGCCAAAAGAGCCCAAGGAAUCACUUCCACCCGUGACUGACGACUUCCUUCUUGAUGCUUUGUCUAAGGACUUUGCUGGUUCCCCAAACUCUUCAUCUCUUAAAUUUGAAGAAGCUAACCUUUCUGCUGCCAUCUCUGAAGUGGUUUCCCAAACCCCAGCUGCAACCACAUACUCUGCUGGCCCGCCCCCUCAUGUGCAGGGCGACAACAAGGAACUGGACGAUGCCUUGGAUCAACUUUCUGACAGUCUAGGACAAAGGCAGCCUGAUCCAGAUGAGAACAAACCAAUAGAGGAUAAGGUCAAGGAAAAAGCUAAAGCUGAACAUAGAGACAAGCUGGGAGAAAGAGAUGACACCAUCCCCCCUGAAUAUAGACACCUCCUGGAUAAUGAUGAGGGUAAACCCGUAAAGCCACCUACACAGCAACCCAAGGACUCAAAGAAAUCUGCAGCUGACAAAGACCCCAUCGAUGCCCUCUCAGGUGAUUUUGACAGCUGUCCUACACCCACAGAAACCUCAGAGAAGACAGCAGAGAAGGACAAAGUCAAGACAACUGCUCCCAGCUCCAAAGCACCCAAGAAUGGGGGUAAAGCAAAGGAUUCUGCAAAGGCAAAGGAUGAAACUUCCAAGCUAAAAGCUGAUGAAAAAAAUACAAGUUAAAGUUCACACUAUUUGGUAUCUGCCUAUACAAUCUUCAGCUGGUGAAUGGUGACUUUUGAAGGACAAAAGGCUUUGAACAACAGAAAAUUUUUCUGGGUGGUUUCUAGACAGUGUUAUUUGUUGACUCUUGACAUCCUAAACAUUGGUUAUUCUUUUCCCAGAAAGAAAAUGAAUUUGUCUGGUUCAUCUGUGUACUGAGUAUUGAUAAACUUUGAAUUUUUAAAAAUUGCCUUCAGUUGGGAGAGACGGGAACUCUAUAUUUCUAAGAGAUAUAUUUGAUAGUUUCUUAAAACAACAUAUAAAAGGAAAAACCUUUGCAGACUUUUGCACAUUCUACACACAGUGCCUGUAAAUCUCAUUAGUAUUUUCCAUUUGCACUUCUUUUAUUGUUAGCAUUUGGAAAACAAUGCUUUGAAUAUGUUUAAUGUUCUGAUUUCUCAUUACCCAUCUCCUCUUGGGCUUUAGAACUGUAUUUGAUGUUUCUUUGGGUUAAUGUUUAUAAGUCAAACAUAAAAUAUUGUACAGUGGGCACAUAUCUCCUCUUGGGCUGCUAAUAAAUUAACCUGGACAGACCAGGACAUGCUGCA